AUGCUGAAAAUAUCUAUUUUAAAGGUUGAGAACCCGUCCUGCCUCUGGGGUCGGGUCGUCCGUGGCCCCGGCGGUGAUGAAGAGACCGUCGAGCAGUACGACAAUCUGCUAGCUCAAAUGAACCUUUUCUACCAUGACGUCACCCAGGACCUCCGCAAGCUAAAGCCCACGUCGUUAGAUGAGGGACAGGUGUGUGUGGUGUACUGGUCGGUGAUGAAGUCGUGGUGUCGGGCCGUGGUGGAGUCGAUCAUCAUGGACUCAGUGUCCUGUCAGGCUCGCUGCCUCCUGGUCGACCAUGGAGAGCGGCUCGUUGUUGCCUCAGACCAGAUUCGAAUUGCUAUGCAGAGCUUCCUCCAGCUGCCUUUCUGGGUGAGAAGGUUCCACCUGGCAGGAAUCAAACCAACAACCCUGCGAGUGUCUGUGUAUGAGGAGAAGGCCGAGCUCAUUCCGUCCAGUCAGUGGGACAGCUCUGCUACACUUUACCUGCACAACCUGCUGCAAGCGUCCACUCAGACAGAGGCUGUGCUGCUUGAAUCCGAGUCAGACUCCGUCUCCAUUGAGCUCUACCUGAUGGUCGGGAAGAUCAAGAUCUGUGCAAACGAUGAUCUGGUGGCCAAGAAGUUUGCGUAUUACGGCAAAGAGUCAGCUGACAGCGGCGGGAUGGACGCGGUGGACCGAUGUCCCAUCAUGUUGUCCUCCAGCCUGUUGGGUCAGACCGGCUCCACGACUUCAGUCAAGCUCAAGGCACAAAGCCCGCUUCGUCCUGUGACUUCAGAGAGUGCGGCUGCAGACGGAGCAGGUGACUCUGUGACGGCUCCCUCCACAGCUGAGGUCAGCAGCUCUGCUCACCGUCUCACUGUCGGUACGGCAGUAAAUAUCCACACAUCCUCACCUCUGACUUCUGGGCUGCUGGAGACCUGUGAGGGAGGCAGCAGGUCAAAGGUCACAGAAGGACCGCUUUUUCCAGGCAGCCGAUCAAAGAAUGGCUCAGAAGGUGCUGCUGCAGAGAGUGACUCAUCGGAGGACACAGACUCGUCUCUGGCUGCAGCUCUGACCAAAAACCUCAGUCUGUUCAAGUUUCUAAGGUUCUUGAAUCCUGGCAGCAACUACCAGCAGGCGGCUCCCCCCGUGAGUCAGAAAGAAGAGGUGGAAGUCUGUCAGCCUGAAGAGACGACUGCAGCCUCCAGCAGCUUGCCAGCACAAGAAGUAUUAACACACAACAGUGAGCCUGUGACACAGGACCAGCAAGUGUUUCUUCAUAUGAGUUCCAGUAGAUCAGAAGAGUCGGGACCAGCAGAGACAGAGAAGAUGAUGAAUGAAGAGCACUGGGCCUGUUCCAGACUUUUGGAGUGGUUGAACCCGGAGCCUCUGAACCCCAAUCCAGACGCAGAAGAAGACCUGGUUGUUCCCAGUGAUCCCAGGAGGAGUGGGAUUCUGGUGCACUCUGCCCUCCCAGUGGAGCCGUGCACCAGCCUGGAUGACGCCCCCAUCACAGAUGGACUCCGCUGGGUGUUACGGAGGAAGUUGUACUGCGCUCCGUUUCCGGCUGACUGUCACAGCUGGCCCGCCGUGGCUCGAGGCUGCAACGCCGUCAUCGUGUCCCAGAACGCAGACCAGCCGCUCAGCUAUCUCGCCCCGCUGCUCACCCACAUCACCCUCAACUCCAUCUUCACCACCCUCACCUCCAGCGCAGGGCCGGUGGCGGUGCUGCUGUGUCCUGGCUGGGAGAAAGUCCAGACUGUGUUUGACCUGCUAGAGGAGACCAGACUGAUACAGACGCUCCACCCAGCCAUCGCGCUGCUGGGCGUUGGCAAAGACGAGCCCAAGUCUGUCAGGAUCCCAAAAAACUGCCUCCUGUUAGUGACCACUCCCUUCAGUCUGGUCCGCCUGCUGUCCUGCCACUGCUUCCUGUUCCUGCGUAUGUAUCACCUGAUCCUGGACGAGGCCGACCAGCUCUUCACUCUCGCUCCGGACCAGAUGGCGACCAUCUUGCAGCAUUUCCAGAAGGUGACCUCCAGUGAGGAGAAGGCGUUGUGUCCUCAGCAGUUGGUUGCCGUGGCAAAGCGCUGGACCAGUCACAUGGAGGGUUUGUUAACCAAUCACAUGCCGUAUCCCAGCGUUGUCAUGACAGUCCCGGAGGAAGCUGCUCUCUAUGGCAACGUCCAGCAGGUCAUCCUCAUGACUCCAGAGAACAAUAAAAUCUCCGUACUGUUGACCGCAUUAGAUUUUAACCCCGAAGUCGGCCAGAAGACUGUAAUCGUAACCAACUCUGCCGAUGAGGUCGAUGACGUAUUCAAGGCUGUGAGCAACAAAUCAGCGUUCUGCCUCAAGACCCACGAAGGGUUAACGCACCAGUUUGACUUUGUGGCCCAGCAGUGGAGAAAAGACAUCGGCCCCGGCACUCAUGUUAUUCUGGUGACGACCAACGAGUGUCUGAGGUGUUUGGGAAUCAGAGAUGCUACGUGUGUCGUCCACUACGGCUUCCCCACGUCACCCAAACUGUUCGGCAGCCGACUCUUCUUCAUGGCAGACAACUUCAGAAACCUCUCAGAACGAGUUUCCUCCCAGGAUCAAACACAGAGUUGCCCUCACGUCACCAGGUCUGUGCUCCUGAUCUCAGAGAGGAACGCCCGCCACGUGGUCGGGGUUUUGCGGUACUUGGGUCGAACCAACGCCCCGCUGCCCCCUGAGCUGCUGUCUUUCGCUCAGGGCGUCUACGUGGCCCGAGAGGACCAGAAGACCAACAGGCCUCUCUGCAGCUACCUGAAGAGCUUUGGAGUCUGCAGAGACAGCAGUGUGUGUCCCGACCGUCACAGGUUCAUCCCCAUCCUGGAUCAGUCUGAUCUGCCCGCCUCUGGAGUCAUAGAAGUCGUGCCUCUCUACAUCAAGACUGCAUCAGUCUUUUAUGGUCGUAUUGUGAGGAAGGAGGACGGCGGGUUUGACAGCAUGGCGGCUCAGAUGGCUUCUUACUACGCCGACAAGAAAAUCGGAGCCACGAAACUGCAGGAAGGAGGAUUAUAUGCAGUGCAGGAGGACGACGUCUUCCACAGGGUGAAGGUCCUGUGUGUACCAGACGUACGCGAUCGGCUCUUUUACUGCGUCUUCGUUCGGUUUAUCGACAUCGGAAAAGAAGAGGAGGUCAAAUCUCAUCAGAUCCUGCAGCUGCCGGAGCAGUUUCACUCUCUGCCCGAUCAGGCCAUAGAGAUCAUCGUCUGCAGGGUCAAACCGGUCGACGCAGAGAUUGACUGGCACCCAAAGGUUACCAGAGCCGUCAGCCAGAAGAUCCGAGGUCUGCAGCACCGAGCCAGAGCAGUCCUCAGUCUGGGACAAACUGUAUUUGUUGAUCCCAUGGUGCGGGUGACGCAGGUGCCAGGUAUGAAGACUCUGAUCAAUGAAUACAACGUUCAGUCUGAGAUUUUAAAUACGGGGAUGGGAGCAUUAAACCCGGAGCACCUGGACCUGCUGAAGACGCUCUGCCAGGACGGAGCGGCCGGCUGCACACUGGUUCAUGUGGAUCGCAGGUCGGAUUGUGGUUCAGCGUCUCUGGAGGUCCGGAUCAAAGCUGAGGAAGAAGUUCUAGCCGAAGCCUUCAGAGCAGCAGAGAUCAAGAAGCUCGCUGCUCCAGAUCCUCCUCGCCCCAAAACGUAUGAGCCACUCAGUCCAGUAUCUAUUCUGAACCGGUUCCUGAUCCCAGCAACACCAGCACCUGAAGUCCAAACUGUCCCAGCUCAUGAUCAGAAGUCAGAUAUCGUCGAACAGAGGAGCAUCCAAACCGCUGGUCUGAGUUUCCACCCUCAGGUCCGCUGGUACCAGACGUCUGACUCGGUGGUCGUCACGGUGAAGCUGUCGAACCCGCAGAGUCAGCGCUGCGACUUCUACCCUGACCGAGUCGUUUACAGUGGAAACGUGAACGGUCGCUCCUACAGAGCCGAUCUCAAGCUUCAGGGAAACAUCAUCGCUGACCGAUGCUGCUGGGAAAUGAAGUCCAACGAGCCGGUCCUCAAAUUGGUCAAACAGCAGCAGGGAUACUGGGAGAAACUCCUCAAUAACAAGAAUAUUUUUGUGAGUUACGACAUGGACCACUUCGAAGAGGAUGAGGACACCACACCAAAUGGUCGGCUGUUUUUGGGGAACACAGGAGAAGAUAACUGGUACGUGAACUCAGAGAGCGGCAGUGAGAGUGACUGA